CCCCGUCCGUCCACAAGCGCGUCGCCGUCACCGCUUGCAACCGCGGCGUUUCUUUCCUCUCCUCCAAGACACCGGAGUCUAUAGCUGCUGGACACCGCCAUCCACCCCAUCGGCAUUCAUUCAUCACAUACCUCUGGGCUCUGGCGACACACGCGACACGCAUCAUCACGCACAGAUCCCCUCACCGAUCCCAGAUCAAGAGGCGACCCAGGAGCCGCCCCCCCCGGGACCGGAGCCGCGGAGGAAUCGGAACCGCACCACAGAACCAUGUCUGCCACGGCGGCGGGUGAGGCGGCGGUGGAGGAGCGCCUGGAGGCGCUCCGGAGGAAGCUGGGGAGGAAGCAGCACUUUGAGGAGGCCGUCGCCGACCUCGCCGGCACGCUCCGCGACCGCUACGCCGGCGCCUCGCCCGCGCUCCGCGAAUCGAUGUAUUCCACAGUUUGCCGUGUUGCAACAGUCCUUCAGACUAGAUAUACAGCACCUGGAUUCUGGCGUGCUGGUCUGAACCUCUUCAUAGGAACAGAGAAGCUGGUAACCAAUCCUUCUGAAAAGGAGCGCCUGAAGUCCUGCAUUUCUAGGGCCCGGGAGCAUCUUGAUGAAAAAGAAAAUGAAGAGUCGAUGCCCAGGAACAGAGAAGCAGACUCUAGAUUUCUUUUUGAAGGACACCUUACUGUGGGUCCAGAACCUCCUCCUCCAGCAUGGCUUGUUGCCCAGAAUUUAGCACGAGAAUUGAGCAUUCUAUCUGAGCCUUCUGGAGAUCGACCUUCUGGUGAUCAAGAUGGGAACGAUAGAACACACUUGAGAGAUGAAGAAAUGGCACCUGCUAUAAUGAACUUCUUGAACACCAUAUCUGGUGACAGGGAUCUAGAAACUGCCUUGGAAGAAUCGCUCCAGGGUAUUACUGCACACCCCAAGGUACCCCCAGCUUCGAAGGAAGUCGUCGCUAAUCUUCCUGUUGUAACUGUUACUGAAGAAGUCAUUGCUAGACUUGGCAGUGAGACUCAGUGUGCUGUUUGCCGGGAAAACUUGGUUGUGGAUGACAAGAUGCAGGAGCUUCCGUGCAAGCACCUUUUCCAUCCUCCAUGCCUCAAGCCAUGGCUGGACGAGAAUAACUCAUGCCCGAUCUGCCGCCAUGAGCUAAGGACAGACGACCAUGCGUAUGAGAGUCGGAAGGAGCGUGAGCGAGAGGAGGAGGAGGACAGGAAGGGAGCGGCCAAUGCUGUCAGGGGUGGGGAAUUCAUGUACAUCUGAUGUCUGAAGAGCAAAACAUUGAUUCUGCUAGGGUUAUUAUGUAAUCAGUCUUUCAUGAGCAUAUCUGAUCUGUUCUUGUCUCACGGUCGUGGUACCUGAACGUAAGCCCCCAGAUUAACAGUCUCCCAGAUUAAUCAUGUCGCCAGCCUUGCGUGCAAAAUAUAAGCAUUACCGCUGUCAUUCAUAUGAAAAA